AUGUCCCACCCCGUAGCAACCGACGCUGCGUUGACGCACAACUCCAAGGGUGUAGUUUCUUCGACCUCUGUCGACCCCACCGGUACCGUCCUCGUGAUUGGCUCCAUGGCCUCUGCCCAAAGCGGCGCAUAUCAAAAAGCCGUCGAGACCUACUCUGGCCGUCAAGUUGAAAUGCACAUGGUCGAUCGGCUCACCGAUGGGGCAACCUCGCUUCCCGCCAGCACUUACCCUCUCGCUCAUCUCGUCGUAUCCUACGCCGAUGCCGCAUCUGCAGUUCUCCUCUCCUCCCUCCACUCUGCUCUCCAGCCUUUGGCAAAAGUUAUUGUCCAAGCAGGCGACCUAGUGGAUGCAACUACAGCUCAAAACGUCAAAGCGGAACUCACCAUCGCUGGCUUUACCGACAUCCAAACUGAUGCUGCUGCCGGUCUCAUCUCCGCUAGCAAACCUGCCACUUGCACUAGCUCGUUUUACAUUGGUUCCUCUUCCACUUCCUCCGCCUUGCCUCUGCGUCGCAAGUUGGGCUCCUCCACCUCCUCUUGCGCUAAAAAGUCUUUGUGGGCAACUCAACCAGCCUCAUCAACCGACCUGAUCGACGAAUCCUCUCUCCUUCGCGAUGUUGAUUUCAUCCCCUCAACCGCUGUCAAACGUCCUGAUUGCGACGUAGGUCCUGGUCAGGGUAAGAAGAAGAAAGCUUGCAAGGGUUGCACCUGCGGUCUCCGCCAACUUCAAGAGGAGGAAGAGAGGAGUGCAAACAGCAAUCUAGUUCAGCUGGAUACAGAGGAUAUGGACAUGCCCAACGCUCAACCCGCACAGGCUAAUGGUGGAAAGAGAACGGAAGUGGCGGAAACGAUCAUCGGUAAGGAUGGAAAACCAAAGACGAUCAAGAGGAUUCAGGUGGAUACAAAGGGCGCGACAAGCUCGUGCGGUAGUUGCUUCUUGGGCGAUGCAUUUAGGUGUAGUAGUUGUCCUUAUUUGGGCUUGCCUGCCUUUGAGCCUGGACAGAAGGUCGAGAUUCCGGCUGGUAUGGAUGAUGACAUCUAA